UCUUGUACGCUUCUUCUCCUCUAUCAUCAUCUUCUUCUUCUUGUACCGCUACUUUCCACUUUCCACGCUCUCUCUCUCUCUCAAUUAUACGCAUGCUUGUGUAGGUUGACGUAGUUUGAGACACCGGCGAUGCUUCCGAUGAUGGAAGAGUUAAGGGUGACGCUGAAUUUGUACCCCUAGCAUUGGUGAUAAGUUGAAAACUGCAUGGCUUUGCUGCAGUUUUCUUAAUGUAAAUACUAAAUAGAAUAGGAUACAGUAAAAAAUGGGAGGAGCUUGUUCCAGGAAGCGAGACCAGCCAGUAAACGAGGAUAACCUGAACCGAGGGGUUUCUGGUAGAUAUACUAAAAGUGGGAGCUCAAAAUGGCUUGGAACCUCAUUUUCUAGAUCAUCUAUGGACGCUAGUCAAGGGAAACGAAGUUGCCCAUCUCUUAUGGAUCUUUGUAUAUAUAAAAUUCGGCAAGACAUAAACAAAUAUAGCACCUUCUCCAUGCUGCCAAGGGAUAUAAGUCAACAGAUUUUUGACGAUCUAGUGUGUUCCCAAUGUCUAACUGAUUCUGUACUUGAAGCUUUUCGGGAUUGUGCUCUUCAGGAUCUUAAUUUGGGAGAAUACCCAGGAUUUAGUGACAAUUGGAUGGACGUUGUCUCUUCACAGGGUUCAUCUCUACUCUCUGUGGAUCUUUCGGGUUCAGAUGUUAGUGACUCUGGGUUAAUUUAUCUCAAAGAUUGCAAAAAUCUUCAAGCCUUGAAUUUUAAUUACUGUGACCAGAUUUCUGACAAAGGCCUGGAACAGAUCAAUGGUCUGUCAAACCUGACUACUCUAAGUUUUAAAAGAAACAACUUGAUCACUGCACAAGGAAUGAGUUCCUUAUCUGGCUUAAUCAACUUGGUAAAGUUGGACCUGGAGAGAUGUCCAAGGAUCCAUGGAGGGCUUGUCCAUCUAAAAGGACUUUCUAAGCUUGAAUCUGUUAAUGUUAAUUGUUGCAACUGCAUCACUGAUGCUGAUAUAAGGGCUCUCUCAGGACUUACAAGCUUGAAGUCAUUACAAAUUGCUUCCAGUAAGGUUACUGAUAAUGGUGUUGCCUUCCUAAGAGAUUUGAAGAACCUUACUCUUUUGAAUAUGGAGGGUUGCCCUGUCACUGCUGCAUGUCUGGAUUCACUUACAGCUCUUGGUGCCUUGUUGUAUUUGAAUCUCAGCAGAUGUAAUUUGACAGAUGAUGGUUGUGAUAAAUUUUCAAAGUUGCAAUCUCUGAAAGUUCUGAAUUUGGGAUUCAAUGAGAUCUCAGGUGCCAUGUUGGUGCAUAUUAAAGGUCUAACGAAUUUGGAGAGCUUAAACUUGGAUUCUUGCAGGAUUAAUGAUGAAGGGAUGGUUCACCUUGCAGGCCUAUCUCGUCUGAAAUGCUUGGAGUUGUCAGACACUGAAGUUGGAAGCAGUGGACUACGCCAUCUUUCCGGUCUGCAUAAUCUGGAGAGUUUAAAUCUUUCCUUCACUGUUGUUACGGAUGCUGGUUUGAGAAAGUUGUCUGGCUUAACCUCUCUCAAGUCCCUCAAUUUGGAUGCUCGUCAAAUUACUGAUGCUGGCCUUGCUGCUCUUACAAAUUUGACUGGGUUGAUGCAUCUGGAUCUCUUUGGAGCACGGAUUACUGAUUCUGGAACCAAUUAUCUGCGAUCUUUCAAGAACCUGCGGUCUCUGGAAAUCUGUGGUGGUGGAUUAACUGAUGCUGGUGUAAAGAACAUUAAGGACCUUACAUCCUUGACACUGCUGAAUCUGUCCCAGAACAACCACUUGACAGACAGGAGUUUGGAAUGGAUUUCUGGACUUAUACAGCUGGUGUCGUUGAACGUUUCAAAUUCUCGAGUAACAAGUGCUGGUUUGCAGCAUCUCAAGUCACUUAAAAAUUUGAAGUCACUGACAUUGGAGUCCUGCAAGGUCACUGCCAAUGACAUAAAGAAGCUCCAGUCGUCUGAUCUCCCUAACCUGGUGAGUUUUAGGCCUGAAUAGAGCCCAGACUGGACGCAUAUUUCAUCAGCACAGGACAUCCUCUCUACGUAUGGCUGCAAUAAAAGCACAUAUCGUCUAUGAAAUUGUAUAUAUUCUGAACAUUGAAAGUUUGUUCUGAGCAUGUUAGUACAAUUGCUUUCCGAUCCGUGCCACAUGUGAAGGUUCUCUCCUGUAUCUCUAGGAAAGAAAUGUACAUAACAUCUUCCUUGGGCGUGGUCUUAAGUGUCGUUCCUUGUCGGUCUGGAAAAACUUUUUCCGACUCAAGAACUUGUGUAUAUAAAUGCUGCUUCAAUGAUUGAUAUGCAUGUUUGAUAUUGAUAAGUAA